UUUGGCUCGACGAAAGGUGAGUGAGCUUUGAUGCAAUAGGGGAUCCCUGGAGAUUUUAGCACUGGCGGCUCAUUUUACUGUAAAAAUUAGUGAGAAAGGAACAGGGUGGCGAGGAGGACUAUUGAGGCGCUACAAAUUUGUGGGCCUUGGGAUUUUAAUGGAGCAGCGUGGGGGCUGGAUGGAGAACAUUACUAAAAAGCAGAAAACUUCAAUAGAGAUUGGGAGAAAUGUAGAUUAUGUCUAAAAGAACACUGUAAAAACUUGGACUUUUUGGCAGGCUUUUAAUAACUCUUGCAAUGUAACAGACUUUGGACAUAAUGGAGGACUGUAAUUUGGAUGAACUUAUAAUACAGUGGUACCUCUGGUUACGUACUUAAUUCAUUCAGGAGGUCCGUUCUUAACCUGAAACUGUUCUUAACCUGAAGCACCACUUUAGCUAAUGGGGCCUCCCGCUGCUGCCGCGCCGCCGCUGCGCAAUUUCUGUUCUCAUCCUGAAGCAAAGUAACCCGAAGCGUCUGUAACCCGAGGUACCACUGUAUGCAGUUGACAAAGGUAUUUUAAGAACCCACUGAGGGGAGGAGGGAAGUCCCGAGAUUCAGAAGAAUCUUGUUUUAAUUUUGAUAUUUGCAACAAUUUUAUUUAUAAGAACGAAUUUGUAAAACCAAUAAAAAUUAUUAUUAUUAUUAUUAUUAUUAUUAUUAUUAUUAUUAUUAUUUUAAAAAAGAGAACAACACUAAUAAGUAAGCUUACGAAAGGGAGGGCAAGAAAAGGGAUAACAUAUGGGGAAGAUAAUGGAAAAACAUUAGCCAUCAUAAGACACCCUCCAGUAGCAGACUAGGGGGUCAACAAAGUAGUGGCUGAUGUCUAUCGGCAGAAGACAAAAGGAGGAAAACAACAGUAGGUGGAGCCAGAGUAAUGACAGGCAGUUUUGCUCACAUCCUUCUCUCUGCUGAGUUCCACAAGGGCAGCACUGAGAGCAUUGGCUGCCUUAACAGAACAACAGAUUCUUAGUUUUAUUGGGGGAAGGGAAGUAGAUUCUAGUGAAUCAGGGUAAGGGGCUGAAUGCUGGGAAUCAGGGGCUGCAUCCACACCAGACCUUUAAGGCACGUUCAGGGCACAUUUGCCCCUCCCAAGAAUCCGGCAAACUGUAGUUUGUUAAUGGCGUUGGGAGUUAUAGUUCUGUGAGGGGUAAGCUACAAUUCUCGGAAUGUGGGGGGAAAUGGGCUUUGAAUGUCUGGUGUAUACACAGAGUGGGAAUUCUGUAAACAGCAGAGCUGGGGAGGCGACAAGAAGCUUGCCCCCACCCGCACUCGGUGGGGUGUAUCUUAUUUUUUUUGAAGUAGACAGUUUGAAAGUUCACACAUUUGUGCAACAUAUUUUGUAACAGGGAAAAAUGAAAAGGACAAACAACCCACCGACUGCUCUGCUUGUCCUUUGCUUGUCCUUUGUCCCUGCAAAGCACAGGUCUGGGAAGUUUCCCACUUGACUUGCUGUUUAGCUUUUAAACAGAACAAACCUCAAUCUGCGGAAAAACCCAUUGCCGUUUGCUCCAAUUCAGUGUAAAAAAAGCAGUUUUCCCCAGGGAAAAGCAGCGGGACGAGAAGAAAAGUGUGUAAACCCUGAGAGAUAUAUGCACAAGAAUGUACUCAGGGCAAAUGGUGAUCAGCUGGUGUUUGCAUCGUAUGAAGGGACUGAUAUUGACCUAUAUUAAAGUGCCAAUGCAAUUUUAUUUUUUAUUUUUGUAGUUUUAAACUGUGUUAUGUGAACUUGCGAAUUUUGUAGUUCUUUCUUCUUCUUCAAUAUUAUGAAUCCAAACUAAUUGUUUGAUUGUGGACACAUCACUCUUAACUAAUAGGCUACAUGUUUGGAACUAUUCCUAUCUGCAAGAUAAUGUUUUAUAGCCUCAAAAGAGAGGAAGGCUUUCCGAGCCUUUUACGAGGGAAUGUUAAGCAAGGGCUAAUAAACCCAUCCACUUUUAUGGCUAUCUGCUUUUUCCAUCCGUUCCCCCUGCCCUUCCCCAACUCAGACCCAGUUUGUUGUUACCAGGAGUGAUUGAUUGAUUAACAGCUUGUGUGUUUUUGUAAACCCAAAGGCAAUCCAAGGCUGUCAAUCCUUGAAGAAGGAUAACAAAAAGAGAGGGCGGCAAAUUAUGUUGCAACAGAGUUGUUUGAGCCCAUAAACCAGUCAGUCAAAUGGCAAAUUGACUCAGUAAGCUAAAAGUAGGCGCAUUUCAGAUUCCUUGCACAAAGCUGUCAAAUCCAUUCAUUUCCAUGAAUUGCUACAUCUUCUUGCCAUUUCAGAGAACACGGAAACCCUGACUUUCAGUAUCAUUUCUUCCAUCUAGCUAACCCAUUAGACCACCCCAAUACUUCCCUGCCUGGUUUCUUUCCUAUAACUCUCUCUUCUAGAAUCCUCCUGAUUCUAAGUUAUUUGGCUGUAGCUUCAACAUCUGCUACCUUCCAAGAGAAUCCAGACUGGGGCCAGUGGCCUCUUCCACCCCCAGCUGUAACUCACAGACGGCCACUAAGUUUUAAGAAAAUCCUGACAUUCUGGCCCCCUAUACUGCCUUUAGAUAGCAAGCACCAUCCAUAGCAAGGGAGGGCAGGCAUCAGCUUUGCAGGACCUUGCUUGUUUUUUACUGGAACUCAAAGAGCCACAAAACAGACCAAGAUGCAAAACAACAUAUGCUUAGAACUAAAGAACGUGUUUCCCUGUGAUUGGGGAUGUGGGAGAUUACAUUGGCUUUUGAAGGCAAACCUACCAAAUUGGCACUUUCCAAAACACGCCACCAUUCAAAAUACAGUGAUACCUCAGGUUAAGUACUUAAUUCGUUGCAGAGGCCAUUCUUAACCUGAAACUGUUCUUAACCUGAAGCACCACUUUAGCUAAUGGGGCUUCCUGCUGCUGCUGUGCCACCGGAGUCCGAUUUCUGUUCUUAUCCUGAAGCAAAGUUCUUAACCUGAAGCACUAUUUCUGGGUUAGCGGAGUCUGUAACCUGAAGCGUAUGUAAUCCGAGGUACCACUGUAUGCACUUCUCUGAAUUUUGCAGUGCCCUUCUCCACCCAAGCAAUGUGUACAGGAAUUUAUGUUUUAAGAUCAAGUGGACAUGAAAAUGCAUAUAUUUGUGAAGAUUACAUUUGUGAUCGCAUUAUAGCGUACAGUGGUACCUCAGGUUACAGACACUUCAGGUUACAGACUCCGCUAACCCAGAAAUAGUACCUCAGGUUAAGAACUUUACCUCAGGAUGAGAAUAGAAAUUGUGUGCUGGUGGCGCAGCGGCAGUGGGAGGCCCCAUUAGCUAAAGUGGUGUCUCAGGUUAAGAACAGUUUCAGUUUAAGUACGGACCUCCAGAACGAAUUAAGCUCUUAACCCAACGUACCACUGUAUUAGGAGAAAUUGCCACUAAAAUGCUGUGGAUUUUCAGGAGACUUUUCCAAAGUUGCAAAUUUGCUGCAGAAAUUGGAGGACCAAAUCUAAGGUUGGGCAAAUGAGAGAAUUGCAAUUGGCAAAUCCAUCCAUCCCUAGCUGUGAGCUGCUGCUGCUGCUGCUGCUGAGCACAUUGACUUGUUUUGAGUGCCAGAACUGAGCUAUGCUCACAGACUUUCCACAUAAAAAUCCACACCUAAGUUUUCUUCCUUUCAGCAGUCUAAUUGUGGUGGCAAGGAGAAGAAUCAUUUUGAUGCUGCUCUUGUUAAACAGGAGUUGCUUACCCACUGGAAAUCACCCAGAGAUCUACUAGUAGAUACCAAUCUACUUUCUCCCCACCUCUGUUCUAAAGAACCCAACUCUCACUAUGCUCUGAUCUGACUUGGGAGUCUCCAAGGCUCAAGUAUGUGUAGCCUAUGACAAACUGGUACCCUCCAGAUGUUGUUGGAUUCCAGCUCCUGUCAGCCCCAGACAGCAUGGCCAAUGAUGAGGCAUGAUGGGAUUCCAAAAUACGUGAAGGACACCAAGUUGGGGGAGGAUGGUUUAUAUAUAAUCUGUAUUGCCCAUGGAUGCAGAUGGUAUCAGAUGACCUACCACAAAUCAGAUCUGUAGAAUUACGGCUGUUGGGAGUCUAGGCAAAAGAAGCCACCUGCUGGCUGUCUCUCAAGGGGAAGGGAAGUGGCCUACCAAUCUUAGAAUCAUGGCCCCUUGUGUUUGUUCAGGAAACCAAUUCAUGGUAUCAGCUUUCUGGUUCAUACAACCCCUAAGCAUUAUUUCUGGUAAAUGGAUAGAGUUAUAAUCUUGCAGCUUCAGGUACACGUUGACAAGAAUAUGCUCAGAGACUUACAACUUCUGGUUCCCUAUAGUAUCAAGAUUUUGCUACAACCUACACUUGGUGAAGGGACGCAGGUGGCGCUGUGGGUUAAACCACAGAGCCUAGGACUUACCGAUCAGAAUGUCGCAGUUCAAAUCCCCGCGACGGGGUGAGCUCCCGUUGCUCAGUCCCUGCUCCUGCCAACCUAGCAGUUCGAAAGCACGUCAAAGUGCAAGUAGAUAAAUAGGUACCGCUCCAGCGGGAAGGUAAACAGCGUUUCUGUGUGCUGCUCUGGUUCUCCAGAAGCGGCUUAGUCAUGCUGGCCACAUGAUGUGGAAGCUGUACACCGGCUCCCUUGGCCAAUAAAGCGAGAUGAGCACUGCAACCCCAGAGUCGGCCACGACUGGACCUAAUGGUCAGGGGUCCCCUUACCUUUACACUUGGUGAGGAAUUUGUUGGUUUUAUGAGACCUAUCACUAGUCAGGUGACUGCCCCUUGUGACUCAGGCUCCUGUUUUCAGGUGCUCUGGCCUUUGGAUCUGUUUGGUUAAAAGAGUAGCGUAAUGUUUGUGAGUGAGUGAGUGAGUGAAUGAACGAAAAAAUUAAAUGUGAUGGGCUUAUUCUCAAGGUCCUCUUUCCCGAAUGACAUGUCACUUUUGUCCCCCAGGCUCCGCACAAUGGCAUCACCAGAAGGAAAACCACAUGGUUUGGUCAAGGCUGUGGAGACCCUCAGCAAAGGACAUGACGUACACAAAGAAACCGAGCUUCUCAUGAAACCGUACGCCAACUGGGAAGAGUUUCUCAUGCCAGCGCCCAUCUCCAUUGCUAUCUUGGGGGAGCUGAUCUUCAUCUCCACAGGGCAGGGAGACUUCUCCAUCAACCUGCUUCCACCAGAGGGAGGCUUCCAGCACCUCAAGUACCCAGAAUCCUUCAAGGCUUCUUUGUGCCAAGUCAGCAACCGAGGCUGGACCGCCUUCAACGAGGCUCACGUCAACAUGGACCAAAUCAGGCUGCUGGCAAACGGCAUUCCGGAACAGAUGAAAACGAUUGUGCGGACUCUGAUCCAAGAGGCCGAGGUGGUCUCCGCCUUGCUUCCUAACCAGCUGAGGAACCUCCAGGCGGCGACAGAGCAGUGUGGUGGGCUGGCCAAGGCGGUGAGGGCCAAGUUCACUGACGUGAUCAACCUCAUCCAGGAACUCCUCGAGGCUUGUCUCAACGCCAAGCAGGGCUACGAGAAGGAGCUGGAGGAAGUGCAGACAGCUCUGGAACAAGCCAAGAUCAGAGAAAAGUCAGCCAAGGAGGCCAAGGAGAUGGCUGAAAGGUACCACCACCAGAUGAGGGAGCAUGUGGAAGAGUCCUUCCAACAGUACAAGAAAGCCAUGGAAUCCAUCCCCACAGGCUGGGAUGCAGUGGGAAUGGAGCUGGUCACCACCCUCACUCAGACCCUUAGUGCUUUUUCGGUUGAGUUUACACGGAUGGCAGCAGGGAGGCAGGGGAGUCUGGGAGAAGUAGCUGGCAUGGGCAGUGGGGAGGGACUGGCCAGGAUGUUUCCAUUUAUAUCAGCUAGUGUCAUCUGCUCCAAGUCUGCUGAGCUGUUAACGUUUGCUACCAGCUUGAAGAACGUCUUGGAUGAACAUGGAGGCCUUAAGGCAUCUAUGAUUGUUGAUGAGAAGAGUGGGGAGGUCAAAACGGAGUGGGUGAAGAAGAACCUACAGAGGCUGAGAGACUCCAUUGAGAAAGAGGAAGGGUGCGACCCCAAAGUCAAAGCCCAGGAGAUUUGCCAAGGUGGGUUGGAUAUUUGCCAACAGUUGGAGAAGGUGGCUUUGGCAGUGGGUGGCAUUGGUUCUGUGGGGAAGAGCUUGCUGGAUGGGAUACACCAACUCCACAAGAAGGCCUUGGAGUUCGACUCUUAUAGCAAGGCCUACACUCGGUCUCCGGCCUUUUCCCCCAAACCACCCAACAUGUCCAAGAUGGGGGGAGCAGCAAGCUCAGGGGUGGAAAAUGCCCGUCUGAAAGUACAGCAGAGCCGAGAGACUCUGAAGGCCACGAGGGAGGAGUAUCAGAGGAGCUUUGAAAACUUCAAGAAGCAGAACGAGGAAUUGGCGGAGAUUCUCUGCACCAUGAGAGGCUAUCAAGUUAAGGAGGUGGACUUUGACACGGCCAGAAAAAUGCUCAUCAAGGGCCUGGAAGCCCUGGGGAGGGUGAAGGAGCAAUGGGAGAAGAUGGUGAGGUUUUUCCAAAUGAUCUCCAACUUAAUUGAUUCCUGCUUGGUCUGGAGCGUGAAAGAAUUUUCUGACACUGUGGAUGGAGCCCAGAAGAUCUCCAGCUACUCAUCCAAAGCCUUCACCGCUGACCUGGUUUACGGGCAUGUUUUUAAUGCCUCCAGCAUGGCCCAGCUGGUAGCCAUGAUUUCCGAGACUUACACCCUGGUGUCGGAGAAGUACCUCAUGGAGCGUGUGAGCAGCUUAGGCCGCCUCCUGGCCAUGGAAGCUGACCAACCAAGCCUGGCUGCCGAGCGAGCCGCGUUAGCUGAAGGCUGCGACGCGGCACGGAAAGCGGUGAAGGAGCUGGUGCUGGAGAAGAAGGCAGAGUUCGAGAGAGGGCUGGAGGCCAGAGCGCAGGCCAUUGAAAGGGAGAUCAGAGCCGUGCUGCCUGCAAAUGGGGAUACUGAGCCGCACCUGAGAGAGCUCAGUCUGGAGGAGGAAAGCAAGUUUCUGUAA